AUGUCUCGGCCAACAGCUCGGUUUCCAACCCUGUUGGAUGAGAAGCUUUUCUCAGACAUCACCUCAAAUGUUGACAGCCCAAGAAAGGCUGCUUCAUUGUCUUCGGCCUCGUCGGCUCGCGCGUCAGGGUCGGCGACGAAUGCCCUCACCAACUAUCUUUCUAAGCAAACCCUCAAUCAAGAGGCCCCGGACAUCCAAAGCCGUGCUUCCAAGGAUUUAGCCGAACGUCGCCACGUCACCUUCGCGUCACCGCUGGCGCAGCACGCCGAGGAUAGGUUGUCGGCGUCACUGGACGUGCAUGAGCAGCAGCCAUGGGAGAAAGGACAUCCGCGGAGGGAGCGACACGAGGCUGUAAGCACAUCCUUGCAGCAGCUCCCUUCGAGGGCCCCAGCCGGCCGCGCGGACAAUGCAGCUCUUGAGGAGGAACGCAAGAAGGUGGGAAAGGAGAGCUCCCUCCGAGCUGAGCUACUGCGUGCCGAGCAGCAGCGCGCGCUGGAACUGCUGCAGCGUGAACGCGCGGCGGUGAUGGCUGCCACCGUCAGCGCAGACGAGCGGCUUCGGCGUGCAGAGAUGGAGAUGAUGGCGCUAUCACGCAAGGAGGACGAGAUGCGCAAGGAGCUGGAUCGGGCGCAUGAGCAGCUUGCACAGCGCGAGUAUGAGGUGGCACAACGGGAGCUUUCGGUGCAGUCUGCGGAGGAGAUGGCGCAGCGCUUCAGCGCAAAGGAGGAGGCGUUGCGGCAGCAUGAGCUGGAGCUUCAGGCGCAGGAGGCGGCUCUGACGCGGAUGCAGCAUUCCACAGAGCAGGCAAACCGGGAGGCGGAGGCGCUGCGGGACGCGUACAAGGAGCGUGCUGCGCGUUUCGCCUCCAAGGUGCGGGAAUGGGAAGAGGAGCGCGCGGAGACACGGCGGAUGCUGGACGCGGAGGCAGCGGAUCUGGAGCAACGGCGCCAGAAGAUAACCCUAGAGCUGCACGAGCGGGACGCCACCGUCACCCUGCGUGAACAAAAGUUGGCUGUGGAACGCAAGCGCUUUGAUGACGAGCUCGCGGCGCACCAUGCUGUCAGCAGCGAGCAGCAGCGUACUCUAGCAGCAGAGGUAGAGGGGGGCCGUGCCCAGGUUAAGGUGCUCACCAGCGAGGUUAUGCAGCUGCAGGCAGCGCGGGAGGAGAAAAUGGAGCAGCUCGACUUAGUCACCAAGCAGCUCGAGGACAUGCGACAACAGCUGGCCCGCCUUGCCGCAGCGCGCGCCGUCGCAAUCGAUGAUGCACGCAUGACGGAGACAGCGGCACGGCAGGCUUUGGACGAGACGCAGGGCAGUUUCAAGACACUGCAGCAGGACUGCACAAAGCUGCGCGAGGAGGUUUCCUCGCUGGCACGCGAGAAGGAACGGCUGAUGCUGAGUAUUGAGGAGGAGCGCUCGUCCUGGCACAAACAGCAAAAGGCAGAGCUGGAAAUCUUGCAAUCGCAACAGCAGGCUGCGAGGCUCGAAACCGAGCGAAACAGGGCGGAUUUGGAGCUACUCAGGCAGAAGCAGGAAAUGCGCGCCAAGGAGAUCGAGGAGUGGAUCACUGAGCAGACCGCCGCGAUCAAGCACGCCAAGGGCAAGGUGGAGGCCGACGAGCGGCGACUCCAAAAGCUGGGCGAGGAGCUUCUGACUCGCGAGAAGGAAGAGGCGGCGCUCAAAGCGGAUCUGGCGGAGGAGCUACAGAAAGUCAAGCGGGACAGCGCAGCAGCGGCUAUGGAGCAGAGGAGGCUGCAGUUGCAAUCUGCGGAGCUGGCCUCGCAGCAGGCGUCUUUGGAGGAAGCUAAACGGAACAUGGCGGCCGAAGCGCAGCAAAGCCUCCGGGAUCGCGAGGCAGCGUUGUUGGACCGCCAGACCCGUCUGGACAGGCGCCAGUCAGAGCUGGAGCAGCAGCGUUCAGCAAUGGAGCUGGAGCAGCAGCGCCGAGCCAUGGCAUUAGAACUGCGCGAGCAGGAGCUGCAGAACACAUCUCGGUCACUAGAGCGGCGAGCUCAGGACUUGUCGGCGAUGGAGCAACGGAUGGCCCGGGCAAACCUGGGCAGUAAUGGCGCUCAGCAAGACACUGGUGAAAAAGAGGCCUCGUUGCGGGGCUUGGAGGCAUCCCUGCGUCUGCAACAGUCCGAUGUGGACCAGAAGUUACAGGACAUGGCUGAACAGCGUGAACGAUUGGCACACGAUCGCAAGCUCCUGGCUUCUGAGCGGGCAGAGCUGGAACGGCUGCUAACAGAGUCACGGCGCAAGCAGCGCGAGGCAGAGGUAGCCCGUGAAGAAGCGCAGCACAUGCAGGCCCGCGCCGAGGCCCGGGAGCGGCGAGCCCAUGAGCUGGACGAACGCGCCAACGCGGCUGAGCGGGACGUGGCGGCGAGGAUGGCCGAGCUGGCGGCAGCGACAAAGGCCGCAAAGGCGCGCGAGGACGCGGCGGUGGAGCGCGAGCGCGAGGCUCAGCAGAUAGUGCUGAAUGAGAACCGCGCUCGGCAGCUGCUGGCGGAGGCGGAAGCUCAGCAGGCCGCUGCCCGCGCGGCGAUGGAUCAGGUCGUCAGCGAUCGUCGAGCGUUGGAGGCCCUGAACCAGGCCCUGUCAUCCCUAGGGGCCUCCCUGGACAGCCGCGAGGCUAAGCUGCUGCAAACCUGGCGUGACCUGAACAACCAGCUUAACUUGCUUAGGGAGGAGGUGGUUUCACUAGCGGACGGGCCCGCGGGUCUGGAAGAUGUGGGACCGCUCGAGGUACCCGCCGCGCUGCUCAACCCUCUGCCAUCUGCGGCUUCUUCUGGGGGCGUUGCGCUUGCGGGCCUCCCGGAAGUCGCCCGCAACGGCGCGACGACCCACGGGUCCACGGCCGCUGCAGCAGCAUCGUUGGAGAGGCGACGUUCCGCGCUGCUGGAUCGCGAGGCGGCGUUGCAGGAGCUGGUGCUGAGCUUGCACGUGCGCAUGGGCAAGCUUGGCGCGAUCGGCAAGCAGGCGCGCGCACAGCAGGCGCGUGCAGCGACGGCGGCUCAGCAGGCGGCCGCUGAGGCACAGACACUGGCUCGACGGGAGAGCGAGCUCCGGGCCACCGCGGAGGCGCUCAGCGAGGAACGCAAUCAAUUGCUGGCGCUGGCAGGGCAGCUCCAGGUCCGAAGUGGAGCUCUGGACAAGCAGCAGCAGCAAAUCGAGGCGUCAUUGCAAGAAAUUGGCCAAAGUCGCACGGAGCUAAAAGCCCUCCAGGCGGCCGUCGCCGCCAAGCAAGCAGAGGUGGAAUCCGCCGCCAGGCGGGCAGCAGAGCGGGAGGCCGCUGCCGAGGCCCGUGCCGCCGCGGUGGAGGCGGAGGUGACAAAGCGCGCGAACGAGCUUGUCGCGGCUGCCGAGCAGCGCGCCGGCGAGCGUGAGGCGGCGGUCGAGGAGCGUGAGCGUGCGCUGGUUUCGGAGCUUGCGUCACGGCUGGAUGAGGUGUGUGCACGGGAGCGCGAUGUGGCCGACGCGGAGGCGCGGCUGGCUCGUUGGGCGGCGCAACUUGGAGAUCUGCAAAGCAAGCUUGUUGAUCAGGAGGCGGCCUUAGAGGAGGUGCAGGUGCUCAGGGAGGCGACGACGGAGGAGCGGCAGCGGCUAGCGCAGCUACGGGGAGAGCUGGAUGAGGUGCAGCGGGCGCUGCAGUCGCAACGGGUGGAAAUCGACCAGCGGUCCGCUGCGUUAUCGGAACGGGAGGCGGAGGCAGAGACCAGCAGGCAGGAGUUGUCGGCGGGCAAGGAGGAGCUGCGGCUGGGACUGGAGCGGCUGCAGGAGCUGCAGAGCCGUUCUGCGACGGUGGAGGCAACGGAGGCCAGGCUCAAGGAGCAGGCGGCGCAGCUGGACGAGAAGGAGUUCCGGCUGGCCGCCGCCACAGCGGAGGUGCAGGCGGAGGCAUCACGGCUGGAGGCGCAGGUAGUGGAGGCAGAGGCGGAAAUGGCACGCUUGCGGACGGACCUGGAACAACAGCGCAUGGAAAUGGAGCACGUCACGCGGAGGCACGAGGAGGGACUCGCGGUGUGUGUAUGGAAGGAAGGGGGUCGGGGUGGGGAUAAGGUCUGGGCUUGGGAAGCAGGGCGACCGGCAGUUGCCGGCGUCGCGGGAAAGUGGCCGGAUAAAUCUAUGCACGAUGGUAAAGGAUUUAUUAGUUUGUUGAUGAAUUGGUUGAUUUGUUGGUCGGUCCAGGAUAUUGAGGAGCGCAGCCAGGCGCUGGCGGCGCGGGAGCAGGCGUUGGCUCAGGAGAGGGAGCAGCUGGAUGCCGAUCGCCAGGGCCUGCAGUGCAGCGUGCGUCCCAAGGUCCCACUUGACGCUGCCUCCACGGCGGAUAGCGCGGCCUUGGCGGCCAGGGCUCAGGAGCUGGACAAGCUGCGUGCGACUGUGCAGGCGGACGUGCAGGCCAUCGCACUUGAGCGACUGGAGCUGCACGCUAAAAUGCGGCGUUCCACUGUGGAGUACGAGCAUGAGAUGCAGAAUGCACAGGAGUUGGUGGAGCAGGCCAGAACGCGAGCGAUUGCGGUCUCACAGACUGAGGCCGAGCUGCGGGAACGGCAGACGGAGAUGGUCCGGCGGGAAGCCGAGCUGGCAGCCCGUGAGCAAUCGCUGCAGCGCGGCUUGGCGCAAGCGGGUCGCGAGCGCGAGGACCUGGUGCGGCGAUCCAAGCAGCUGGAGGGUCAACGGGCGGAAGUGGAGGCCUCUCUGCAGCAGCUGGCCAGUCUACAGGGGUCGCACGAGCGAUCUGCGGCACAAGUUGCUGCGCGGGAAGCCCGCGUGGAGGCGCGCAUGUCGGAGCUGGAGGCACUCGAUGCUAGACUUAAGGCGCUGGGCGAACGGCUUGCAACCGACCUGGACGCCUGGCAGGCCCGCGCCAAGGGUUUACUGGACUGCCGCGGAAUGGCGCUGGAGGGGCUUGCCAACCGGGUGGCAGCGGACAUGGAAGCACGCGAGGCAGAGCUGGCCAACCGCGAAACCAUGCUGCAGAGCCAGCUGCGAUCCUUUAACAUCCAGCUUCAAAGCGAGCUGGCGGACUUCACCGCCGCCAGGCGCACCACGGCAGCAGACCUCGAGUCGCGGCUCAAGCAGAUGGAGGACAAGGCCCGCCUUGCGGAGCUGCUUAAGGCUGAGCUGGAGGAACAAGGCAAAGAGCUUCAGGCCGCGAAUGACAAGCUCGCCGAGCUGCGGAACCAGGCACGUGGUGCGGAACGAAAGGCGGAGCAGCUGCAGCGGCAGCUUUCCGACGCCCAUCAGGCAUUCCAGGCUGAGCGUGAAGCUGCCGCCGCUAUCGCAGCCGCUGCCGCCAGGGAGCAGGAACGGCUGGCAGCGGAGCUGCAGCGUGCUGGCACCAAGGUCUGCGAGGCCAACACGGCUGCAGCUGCCGCGGAGCAACAGCUGCAGCGCCUGGCGGCGGAUGCGCAGCGUGCUGGCGAGGAGGCGCGGGAGGCCGAAGCGGCUGCUGCUACUGCUGCUGCUGAGCGGGAUCGAGUGGCGGCAGAGGCACAGCGCCUGAGGGAGGCAGUGCGGGAGGCCAAGGAGGACCUGGACACGGCUUUGUUGUCUGCGGAGAAGCUGGCCGGGGAGAAGAUGCGCGCCGCAGAGAACUUCCAGGAGCUGCUGGAGGAAGCCAAGGCGGAUGCUGAAAAGGCCCAACAACUGGCUGCCGAGAAGCGGGUUGCGGCAGAGCAGGCCACGCAGCGUGAGCGUCUCGCCACAAGCUUGGCUGCCUCCCUGGAAUCCCAGCUGACCACAGCGCGGAGCGACCUCACGGCCUGCGAGGCCCGGGCCACGAGCCUGGAGCGCCAACUGCAGAAACGGCAGCGGCAGGCUGAGGACCGCGAGGCGACGCUAGAUGGCGAGAUCCGGGCGCUGCAAGAGCACGCGGAGGAUUUGGAGCGGCAGCUUAGAGGCCUGCAGGUCUCGGAGCGGGAAGCCCGAAGGAAUCAGGAUGCGGACAUGGAGCGGCAGCUGGAGCAGCUACGGGAGGAAAGGACCCGCCUGCGGGAUGAAGGCAGGCAGCUGGAUGAGCGCCGACGCCAGUUGGACGAGCAGAAGUGGCAACUGGACGAGCAGCAACGGCAGUUGGACGAUCGACAACGGCAGUUGGACAAUCGACAACGGCAAUUGGAAGAGCAACAACAACAAGUACAGGCGGCACAGAGCAAGCUGGACGAGCGAUCUGAGACACUGGCCGCGCGACAGCGACAGCUGGACGAGCGUGCUUCGAAGCUCGAUGAGCGCUCGCAACAGGUGGAGCUCCAGGCACGCCGGCUGGAUGACCAAGCACGACUGCAGGAUGAGCGGGGCCGGCAGCUGGAUGACCUCUUGCGCUGGGCUGAGGCUGACCAGCGCUUGGAGAACCGCCCUGAGGGUCAGGCGAAGCAGGUUGACAACACACCGCAAUCAUCAGAGCAAGAGGAAAGGGCGCGGCAAUUGGAUAAGCGAGAAGGGCAGUUGGAAGAGCUCCAACGACAGCUACGGCUCCAGCGAAUGCAAUUGGACGAACGGGCAAGGCAGUUAGACGACCAGGCCAAGCAGCUAAGCGAGCGGGAAACAAAGCACAGUGUACGGCUGACCACGAUGUCGGACGGAGGCCUGCCACGUCAGACGCUACAUGCGAAGACGCUACAUGCGAAGACGCAACCUCUUACUAGCAGUGUAGCCUACGUACGGCCCCGGCUGUUGGCACAACUUUGUGAGAGCCUUAAGCCUUGCAUGAAGCUUGCUCUGACCAUCGUGCAGAAGGCGAACCCCACCGAGGAAGGUGUGGAGGCGACGCGGCAGUUGGUGGAACACUGGUCCGGAAGCUUGGAUGCACUGAGGUCGCAACUGGAGUCAGACAGAGCAGAGCUGGCCGCCCAGCGCGCGCUGCUGGAAAAUAAGUUUGCAGCGCUGAGUCUGGAGCGCUCGCGGGUACAGGCGGAGCAGCGCCUGCUGCAGGAUCGCUCGGCGGAGCUGGACAGACAGCAGGAGCAGGUGCAGGCCGCGGAAGCAGCGGUGAGCGCUCUGCGUCGGAGCGUGGAAGCGCAGCGAGCGGAGCUGCAGCAGCAAUGCGAGGAGACGGAGGCGGAACGGCGCACCGCGCGUCUGGCGGCGGAGGCAGAGGCUGCACGACUGAGCGCUGUGGAAGCAGUGCUGGAACGGCGUGGGUCGGAGCUGCAGGCCAGAGAGGAAGAGAUUGCUUCGCAGCGCGACGCGCUCUCCCGCCAGCUGGCCGACUUGCAGCGGCAGCACGAAGCCGUUCGAGCCCUGGUGGAGGAAAAGCAGCGGCAACUGGACGCAGUGCUUCAGCAGGGGGAGCAGUUGGCAGCGCAGGAUGCUGGGCUGCAGGCUAUGCGCGAGGAGGUUGCUGCGCGGCUGGGUCGUGGCCUAGCGGAACUGGCCAGCCGACAGGCCGCCGUGGAGGCAGCCCAAGACGAGCUAGCCCAGCUUGAGGCGGACCUAGCCACCAGGAGUGACAAGCUGGCCCGCUCCGAGGCGCGGCUCAAGGAGCAGGCAGAUGUGCUUCGAUUGGAGGCGCUGCGGCUGACAGAGGAGGCGGCCCGCGUGGCGGAGGCAAGGCUGGAGGUGGACAAGCAGCGAGAGGAUAUGCAGGCCCGUGAGGUACGCACAACGGAGGCGCACGAGGUCCUGCGCACCACGGCCACGGUGCUAUCGGCGCGCGAGGCCGCGGUGGCGGCGCGGGAGGACGAGCUGGAGGCGCAGCUGGGCCGGUUGCAGGAACAUGCUGAGGGACUGCAGGUAAAAUGGAGCAACGGGGGUGCUGCUGCCGGUUCCGGAGCCCAGGAGGAGCGCGACACAUUGCACCGCUCACCCCAGGCAAUUCGCGCUCAGAGGCAGCGGCAGCAUCACUACGCAGCCGUGGUCGCAGCCGCCGAGGCCGCCGCAGAUGCAGCAGCAGCGACGGCGGCUGGAAGCGGCGUUGCCGGUCUGCGUGCGGCGUCUGCAGUAGUGGCAGCGGCAGCGACCGCUGCAAUAAGUCCGCGUGGGGAGAUCGAUGGCGACGAUGAUGUGGUUGCCGCCUCGAGGGACAGGGGUCCCAAGUCGCCGGCGACUGGGGCAAACUUCCUGACUCGGAUGCAUACUGGGGCAGGUUAUGCAGGUGAUGGCGGCGGCGACGCCGGCGGCGACAUGGGGCCCGGCGCCAACCGCGGUGGCCGUAAUGCCAAGAAAGCGGCUGCUGCAGCCAUGGCGGCAACCUCCAUCCCGGAUGCCGGCACAACCGCCGCCGUGGGCCUUAUCGGGACUGGACAAACCGCCCGACAAGAUUAUCAUCGGCAUCAACAGACUCGCCAGCAGAAGCAUCAGCCCUUGCUGCUGACCUCGUCCGAACAUGGGGAGGCGCCUGCUCCCGGGCCCGCGAUCCGUGACCCAGAACCGCGGUCCGUCCACACGUCCUCAGGCGGGGGCGUCAAUAGCAGUAGCAGCGGCGGAGGCGGUCGAAUGGGGAAGCAGCCGACCUACGGGUCGCUACCAGGCACCGCUGCUGCGCCCUCCCUGCCGGGUGCACUGAGCACCGUGGAGCGUCCCCACACAGACGCCUCCGGUGCCCAACCAUCAUCGCACCAGCUACUCUACGUCUACCAGCAGCCAAAUCCGCACCCGUACCAAUAUGUGCUGCAGAAACACCAGCAGCACCAGUACCAGCGUCAGGGAGCUACACUGCUGGGCGGCCGGCUGACUGCAGAUGCCUUGAUGGCGUCCACAGCCUCGUUGCUGCUUCCGGUCCUGUCAGAGACACCACGAAUUGCCCGGGGCGCAGAGGAGGAACGUAACACAGUGCCGGGCGGCGCCGGCCGGCCGCGCCGGGUCAUCGAGCUGGGUGCGGCUGCGGUGGCGGCAGUGGCAGGAGCCGUGGCGGCUCCAUCGAUGGUUUUGGCGGCUGGAGAAGACGAAGGGAUGCCUACGCCUGCUGCGCAGUCUGACGCUCCGCUGAUGGGUUCCGUAGUGCCUGAGGCGCAGCGGAGGAGGCAAGCUGCCGCCGUUGCCGCCGCCGUAGCCGCGGCUGUCGGUGGCGGUGGUCAACAGCAUCAGCCAUCAAGUCGGUUCAUGGCGCUGGAGCCGCCACCGCCACCAGCUUUCUCCGAGGCUUCUUACACCUCAAUCUCCUCGUUGCAAGCCAACACCACAACGGGCGCGGGGACGCUGACUGGGCGUGAAAGCAACAACAGCAGCAGCGGUGGCGGAGCUGGCGGCGCCGCCGGUUUGGCCCGGCAGCAACGCACACUGCAGGUCCUUCUGGCCAGCGUCCAGAACUCCGCACAUCGGGGGCAGGAACGGCUGCAGCGGCUGUACCGCAUCACGGAGCCUAUGGUCAACGACCUGGGCCCGGAGGAGCUCCCCCUUCUGGAGCAGUGCCGCGGGGCCUUGGACGUGCUGUCGGCGGAGUUGAUGGCGCUACAGGCAGCUGUGCAACAAACGCUCCGCGCGGCAUCUGAGACAGCCCGUUACCUUUCCUUCUCCGCCUUUUUGCCGCAUGUCCAUGAACCCGCCACACGCUACCGGCGAACGUGCAUCUUCCUCGUGCACUCAAUAGCCUCUUUUGGCGAGCUGGGUCAGGUUCGGAGAAUGGUGGAGUCCCACCAGCGGUCCCUGGCACAAUGGGAGGGCGGCGUCGCGGCGCAGAUGCAGGUCAUUACCGAGUUGCAGCGGCCUCGACUCGCGUGGUGUGCAACAUACGCUUCACCUCCGCUCAAGCGUUUAGGAACGUGGCCCAGCGUUUGCCGCACCUGCGUGGCUGACAUUGGGCAUGACAAGAGGCGGAUGCUGACCACCAUGGCCUCCAAUUUGCACGGGAUACCAUAUGACACGCGAGGCGCUACCCUUGCUCUCGUACAUGGGCUUCAUGCAAGCACGUUGCCAUGCACAUGGACCUUCGCCACGGUUGCCACGCGCACCAGGGCCGUGUGCAUGGCAGGCAGCGCUUGUUCGGUAAUGCAGUAA